AGUGUGAGCUCAUAGUCAUAAAAUAUAAAUUUGUUUGUAGUGACAGUAGGCCGCCGUGUUAAUUUUUCUGGAAAUUUGUUUAAAUAUUAUUAAUUUUCAUUUCCUUUGGAUAUUUAAAAUCUAAAAGUUUAUUUUACUUUAAGACAAUCAUGGCUCAUUACAAGGGUGCAGCUUCAGAGGCUGGAAGAGCAAUGCAUUUAAUGAAAAAGAGAGAAAAGGCGCAACAAGAAAUCGAACUCCGAAAGAAGAAAAUUGAAGAGGACCUCAAGAUUGAUAACAUUGAAAAUAAAUUCGCAACACAUUACGACGCAGUGGAGCAGCAAUUGAAGAGUUCUACAAUAGGACUUGUUACACUUGAUGAAAUGAAAGCUAAACAAGAACACAUAGUCCGUGAAAGAGAGAAAAAGCUUGCCCAGAAGAAAGCCGAAAAGGAAAAGGAGAGACAAAAAGAAAUAGAAGCAAAACUAGCUCAAAAGAAUAAGCAAAAGAGACAGAUACAAGCUCUGUCUUUUGAUAUAAACGAUGAAGAAGAUGAUGAUGAUGUCAAGGAACAAGAAAUACCUGAAGUUGAUUGGAAGGAAAAAUCUGAGAUGCCUCCAAAAAAAAUUCGUAAGAAUCCAGAUGUUGAUACAUCAUUUUUACCAGAUAGAGAAAGGGAGGAAGCGGAUCUUAAGCUAAGGGAAGAACUAAGACUGGAAUGGGUUAUGACUCAAGCCAGUCUGAAGGAUGAACCGAUAACUGUCACAUUUAGUUACUGGGAUGGAUCAGGCCAUAGAAGAAAUGUUACCCUAAAAAAAGGAAACUCUAUAUACCAAUUUUUACAAAGAUGCUUAGAUACUUUAAGACCAGAGUUUAGUGAACUGAAAACAGUAUCAGCUGAUCAACUAAUGUAUGUGAAGGAGGAUUUAAUUUUACCACAUCACUAUACUUUCUAUGACUUCAUUGUUACAAAGGCAAGGGGUAAAAGUGGGCCUUUAUUCCAAUUUGAUGCAUCUGAUGAUAUAAGACUUAUGAAUGAUGCCUCUCAGGAAAAGCAAGAUUCACAUGCAGGAAAAGUCCUUUUACGGUCAUGGUAUGAAAGAAAUAAACACAUAUUUCCUGCAUCUAGAUGGGAACCCUAUGACCCUACAAAAACUUAUUCCAAAUAUACUAUCAAAGGGAAAUGAAAUAUACAAAUCAACAUAUUUAAAUUUAUUUUACAAUAAU